UUGUAUUGUUUUAUUGUCUAGUUAAUUAGUUAAUUUGUGGAUGGAAAUUCAUCUGUGCUUCCAUUCACAGAAUUUUUUUUUGUUCUUAGAACUGCAUUUCAUCAACUAUUUCACAAAACUAUGAAAAGAAUUGUGUAACAAAAUCGCAUUAACUAAACGCAUAUAACUCUUUUUUUUAACAUUUAACUGUCUGUCGUCGUCGUCAAAAUGAUGCAAUAACCAAAGAAAAAUAUUUCAUGGGUUGGUAACGCCUCUACAAAUACGGAAAACGUAAUAUAAUAUUUUCACAUGAAGGCUGUCCUGUCUUGUAUAAAUACUAGGGUAGACCCGUCCAUAAAUCAAACCUCAAACCGCAUCACUAUGAAUUUCCAGGCCCUUAUCGCCCUCUUCGCCGUGGUUUCGGCCACUAACGCCUCCGUCAUUGGUCUCGGAGGCAUUGCUUUGGCCGGUCCUGCAGCCCCCGGAGUCGUCCUCAAGGGUCCUGCGGCCGAAGCCACAAUCGCAGGAUCGGAUGGAAGCGCAAUUGCAGCUGCUGCACAAGCUGGAACCAUAGCGGCGGCUCCCAAAAUUGGAGGUGUGGUGACUGCUGCAGUCACUCCUGGAUUAGUGGCAGCUGCUGCUCCUGUUGCAAUUGCAGCUCCUGUUGGAGCCGUUCUUGCAGGACCUUCCGGGACUGUUAUAAGCAACGCUGGUAUUGGCGCGAUCGCUGCACCUGCUCUGAUUGGUGGAAGAACGAUCAUUGCAGGGCCGGCUUUAGGUCUGGGACUUACAGGAAAGCUGAUUUAGGACUGACUGAAUUUUAAGGAUUUUGUGAAGCAGAUGUAUCUGGUUAUAUUUAUAUACAUAAUUAUGUGUUGUUAUUGAUAAAGACCGAUCUAGUUCUAAAUUGGGAGAAAAAAUAUAAAUAAAAAAUGCUGAUUAAUGAA